AUGCUGUACCGCCACGGUUUCCCCCCUCCGGUGGAGGCUAAGGUGAAGCUGGGCCAGCUGAAGCCAGACUUUUGGGCACCCAUUCCGGUGGACCAGAAGCUUUCGGAAUUGCUGUCCCACGGAGCCGAUCUCGUCUGGAAGGAUUGUCGAGGGCGUACCUUUGGAAAGAGAAGACAGCUGACAUACCGUCACCAUGAUUCAGACGACGAGGGAACCUCCUCGAAGCAGCUUGUACAGGACAUUUCGUUGAACCCUUACCAGGGGCAGAUUUAG